CCUGCGAAGAUAUUUAAAGGUGGGAGACGCUUUGCUCUGCAAUCUGCUAAAGGGAGAGGAUGGCGAAGAACCUAACUGCCCCUAUUCAACCUUUCCACCUUCCAAAAGUUUUAGCAAGUAAAAACUCCAUCAAAUUGCCGAUCUCCAGGGUCAGAUGGAGGCGAAGAAGCAGAGACAUCAAGUGCUGCAACAUAAAUCGAGAAAGGGAAUCAACAAGAAAAGACUACUACGGACUACUUGGCGUAGCAGUAGACGCAUCUCCUCCGCAAAUCAAAGAGGCGUACAGGAAGCUCCAGAAGCAAUACCAUCCAGACAUUGCUGGGCAAAAGGGUCACGAGUUUACCCUACUCCUAAAUGAAGCAUAUCGUGUUUUGAUGAGGGAUGAUCUGAGGAGGAGAUACGAUGCUUCUACGGGAAAAGGUUUAGCAGGAACAGACGCCAGUUUUUCUGGGUUUGCUAGUAGCUCGUGGAAUGGACCGCUGAGGCCUCACGCUCUAUUUGUAGAUGAAAAUUCGUGUAUAGGUUGCAGAGAAUGCGUUCAUCAUGCCGGUAAGACAUUCAUGAUGGAUGAAGCUCUUGGAUGUGCACGCGUCAAAAACCAAUUUGGAGAUGACGAUAAGAAGAUCGAGGUAUCUGUGGAGUCUUGCCCUGUCAAUUGCAUUCAUUGGGUUGAAAGAGAAGACCUUCCUGUUCUUGAAUUCCUAAUCAAACCCCAGCCAAAGCCAGGCUAUGGUGUCUUUGGCGGAGGGUGGGAAAGGCCGGCAGAUGUUUUUAUGGCUGCUGAAGCCUUCAAGAAGCUCUGCAACCAAAAUCACCAAAAGCAGUAUGAGAAAAAUAAUGAGGAAGAAGAGUCGCCAGCACAAGUCAAAGCACGGAAGGAUGCUGGUCUGAAGCUACAGAUGGAGAAACUUCUGAACAUUUGGUUUUGGAUUAAAGGCUUGACCAACUUUUCAUAGAUUUUUAAGUGAAGUCACCUUAAUGGAUAAUGGAUAUUUAUGAAACACUA